AUGCAGCUCCUCGUGCUCGUCCUCCUUUUCGCGCUCGCGGCCGCUAUCAGGAUCGUCUUUCGCCGCCGCUAUAGGUCGUUGUCACAUAUCAGAGGACCGCCGUCUCCUUCCUGGUUGUUUGGUCAUGAUAUCGCCACUGUUCGCCAGCAAGAAGUCGGAGAGCUUGACUUCAAGUGGGUCAAGGAGUACGGUGCUACCUGGCGUAUCGCUAGCCAUCUUGGGGUAAGAUCUGUUCGCUAUGUCGUUGUCCAGGCGAUGCAACAUAUCUUCCACAAGUCGGGCUACAAUUACGCCAAGCGUCGGGACCAUACAGAGGUGACAAAAAUGUUCACCGGCCCUGGGAUUAUCUCGGCGCAGGGCGAGGUGCAUCAGCGUCAUAGGAAGAUCAUGAAUCCCGCAUUCAGUGCCCCUCAACUUCGCUCCUUCCUCACAUUGUUCCAGGACAUUGGCACCAAGAUGUGCGACAAAUGGAAGACGGAAGUCCUGGACAGCUCCUCUGGAACAGUGGCCGUGAAUAAGUGGCUAGCUAGAACCACCUUGGAUAUCAUCGGCGAAGCUGCAUUUGCUUAUGACUAUGGCGCUCUGGACGAGAGGAAUGAUCGGCUAUCUAGUGUGUACAACAACAUCUUCCUCAAAACAUCGUUGCAUCCGUCGAAGUGGCUGGUCUUCUGGCGGUCGAUGUGGAAUUAUUUCCCGGAUUCGCUGCUGCGAUACGUACAGUAUACACCGACCGCGGAACAUCGUCACAUGCGCCAUAUGACUCGCGUCUUCCACGAAGUUUCGAGUGAGGUCCUCGAUGAACUUACCGGAGGGAUAUCCGACGAGGACGGAAAGAAGGACGUGAUGAGUAUCUUGGUCAAAGCUAAUUCGUCUGAGGAUCCGAAGACACAGCUCGAUUAUGUUGAGAUGACUGCCCAAAUGCAGAGCCUCACGUUCGCAGGUCACGAAACAACCGCUAGCACACUGUCCUGGAUGUUGUGGGAAUUGGCGAAACAUCCCGAGUACCAAGCGAAGAUGCGCGAGGAAAUCAGGGCAACCCGUGCCGCAGUGCUUGCUCGUGGCGGAACGCGAUUCACUAUUGACGAUCUCGACUCCAUGACAUCGGUGAUGAACGCUAUCAAGGAGACGCUCCGGUUCCACCCGAUUGUCUUCGGCUUGUGGAGGGAGGCAGUCCACGACGAUGUCAUUCCCUUGUCGGAGCCCAUCGUGUCGGCCACGGGGGACGUCAUUGAUUCAAUCCCUGUACGGGCGGGGCAGUGGAUAUCCUGCUCGUUCUGUGCAUACAAUAGGCUUCCGCAGGUUUGGGGAGCCGAUGCCGACACUUGGAACCCGGAUCGUUUCUUGCACAUUGACCUAACGAAGCAAGUCAGAGUGGGCGUAUUUGCCAAUCUCAUGACUUUCUCUGCUGGGAUAAGAGGUUGCAUUGGCUGGCGAUUCUCAGUGAUCGAGAUGCAAGCUCUUGCCGCCGAAUUACUGGAACGAUUUGAGUUCGGGCUGCCCGAGGAGCACUACGAAAUUAUGCGAGUGCCGGCUGGGCUCAUGAUACCGUUGGUGAAGGAUAAGCUGGAGCUUGGAGCUGUGAUGCCCUUACGUGUUUCCUUGGUCCACUGAAGCGGAAUCGGGGAGGCAGAAGUCGAAUAUCGUGGUACUUGAUGGGCAUCACAUCUGC